CGACAACUCGUCCCCAGAUGGUUCUCUGCAGCUGCCUUUGAUUUCAUUGCAUGAGUCUGCCUUUGAUCCCGCGGGACCUUCCUUUCUACCCAUUCCCAUUCUUUCCGCAGCAGCAGCGCACAUCCGCCAGUCGAUCUCCCAAAAGCCCGAACCUCAGAAUUACCUCUUUCCCAUUUCCCAUCUUCCAUCGCGCAGCAGCUUCUCGACCUCUCGCGUAACAUAACCGCAACCUCCACCGAUGGGACCGCACACUCUAUCCAACCCUUCUUAAGAAGCUUCUCAGCUCUUGAGCGGCGGAGCUGCCCGCGACCUCCCACGAUCACUCUCGUAAUUCAUUGCUGCUCGCUCCUGCCAAAUGGAUGAAGCACCACGAGAACGCGCGAUUUCCUCAGAGCCUUGCUCAGGUCGCCCAAACCCUUUCGACGACACAACCGACCAAACCUCUCGCAAGCGACAGCGGACCUCGCGCGGAGGCUCUCGGAGUCGAUCAGUAGAUACGGUUCCGCUUGGAGUGACAGUGGAGGAGUCGCAAAUGCCACCGGCCUCGUCUUUACGCGGGGAACCUGCCAGCACCAAGGCUGAAGCUGAUUCUCCUGCGCCAUCUACUCCCACGCGUGCCUCGUCCGAGCAAGCACCUGCAGAACCUACCUCCAGUCGAGUCACAAUCAAUCUGCGGACCAAUCGACCUCUCGAUCCCAUACCUUCCUCACCCCCUUCACCGGCAACCCCAUCCAAGAUGCCUGCUGGGCCCAGUGACAACGGAGCAAGAGCUAGUAUUGAGUCGGAAAGCGAUGCACUCUCCACAGUAGCUAUGGAAACCCCCACAUCAUCUCCUUCUGCCAUGGGCAGUCCAGAGAUUGAGCUUGUUACAGGGGAUGACGAUAUUUCAGAGUAUGAGCACCGAAAUCCGCCCGUCUCUAUUAUCGACGACGAUGUUGUAUUCUUAGAUCCUCUUUCGACCUUUCCUUACUAUGCGGAGGGAGCAGAGACACUGUCCACUGCGGUGACUAGGAUGUCAAGAUAUUUUCAAUAUGACGCAGUAGAGACUGACGAGGCAUUUGUGAAGAUGCGUGACUUCUUAGAGAAUGUACUACAUUCAUAUCGUCAUUUGGAUAGUUUCUACGAGACCUUUUCCAAAAACCAAGAAUUCUUUGCACAGCUUCCAGAUGUCUUUUGGGCACUAACUUGGAGAAGCCGCUUCUUUGGCGAAUUUCUUCGACGAAACCGUGACGGCCGGGGAGCUCUAACUGAUAUGUUAUGUCAGAUGGCAAGACUCGCGGGCAAAUUCGUGGCUAUGGAUGUCAGAACUCUAUCAUAUCGCGCCCAACAAGACAAUGAGGAUCUAGAACCUGAUCUAUCACGAAACAGUCUUGGUGCGCUCGCUUACCUACUCCGCGAGGAUGAAGUCAAUCAUCUUGGGCGUAAUCUGGAGAACCAUUAUAAUUGGAAUUGGGAGGAGGAUGUUGCUCAGAUGUCCGACAGUUUCCAGACGGAGGGAGGAACCAUUCCGGCACUCACGAAGCUCGUCCAAGGCCAGCUGAGGCUUAUCUCCAGGUUCCCAAAGUUCAUUGACAACCUCACCGAUCCUUGCCGACUCGUGAGCAGGAUUGUUAGUGACGCAAGCCGAUAUAUCGACAUGGCCGAUGUCUCGCAACAGCAAACAGUCGAUGGCGCCAAGCAGAAAGUCUUUCAAGGCUACGAGUUCUUCAGAGUCAUGUCCGCUGGUCUAGAAACCAUCAUCGAGAAACAUGUCACUUUCUUGUCGCCAGAUGCUGCUCUUGGCCACUUGAACUGCCUGCACAACAUCUUAAAGAGAAACUUGCAACUCAAUCCAAAAGCUUAUCGCGAUUUUGUGGAACAACAACGACGCGACCACUCUAUGCUUACUAGACAACAAGCACCACAAGCUUUCUCGUUGGAGUGGAAAUUUGGCAUACUGAAGAAGUUGAUCACUUCGGCUCAGAUGCAAUUGCGUGUCACAGGUGUCACGACAAUGUGUGCUGACUUGCUCGCUCUCUACUCAAAGCAGAAGAACAACGACGUGUCACAUAAUCCCUAUCUCCUCUACCCUGCGGAGUUCAUCAUUCAGAACCAACUCGUCGAUUAUAUUGUAGGUAUUGGAUCACAUCCCGAGAUCAUCAACGAGAGCAACAACAUCCUAGGCUUUCUGAUUGUGACGAAGACGUACAAGGCCAAGCAAACAGAUAUGAUAUGGCAGACAGUCAUGAACAGCCAGGAUCCCAGGGUCGUAGAAGCUAUACUGCGAAUGGUCAAUCGGUGUCACAAUCUCUAUGACUAUCGAUCGUUGCUCUAUCUCUGCAAGAAGAUUAGCGAUGUUCCAUUGUCCUCGUUCAGCGGGGCAAUGCGGGAAUAUUGCAGCAACUUGUUCCUCCAGCUAGUGGUCAAAGCCCACGACGCAAGCGUGGCUUACAUUGACGCACCACCAUACGAGUUGUGUGUCCGACUGAUUCGGGAGGCAUCCGUCACGACUCUUGAAUAUUCUGAUGGUUAUGUUGAUUUGCAAAACUUUGCUACUAUCAAAUUUCGGGAAUUACUAGGCAACGGACCAAGUCCCGACGUUCGGAACGCUAUCUAUUUGGGCUGUAUCCAAGAUAUCUCCACCAAGACUGCUUCCACUGCUGGCAGUAUUUGUGUCAUCAACGCACUUCUUCGAGCACCAGGUGUCCCUCCCGGUAUGAGCACUGACCUGCACGUCUUGACUUCUGAGCACGGAUUGACUAAGCUGUUGGUCGACGAAUUGGAAUCAGUCAUUUCUGUAUGUGGCAGUGAACCCAUCCCAAACAGCCCAGCAAGCACAGCACGCCGUGAGUUGCUCCUUGCUAUCAUUAUCGAAAAGCCAGACUCGAUCUCGCCUGAGCUUGGCGAACGAUUAUGGAAUGCACUAGUGGGAAGCCAGUCGAAAUCAUCAGCAGAAAGAAACAUAUCUUGGCAAAUCUUGAAUACUGCAGUCCAAAGAUCAUCCACCUCCAAGAACAGCUUCCUCGCUUCCUGCUUCCGAGAUCAUCUACCUAGAUUGCCGUCUUAUUGCUUUACCAGAGGCGCAUUGGAUUUCGCUCACGUUGCAGUGCGUUCUUGGUUGGAAGAAGCUCGUCAUGACUUUGCUGAAGAAGGAAGCAAAUUCGAGUCACCUGCACUUGAGCAACUUUGGCACAUGAUCCUGACGGCACCUGCUAAUACCAUUGAUGCAGAAGCUAUCAAGAUCCUUGUGGGAGUCUUUGUGGACUCUGCUCUGAUCCUAUCUAUUCCACGUCCAAUCGCUCGCCAUGUUCACCUAACACUGGUUGACCGGUGCCUGAAGCAGCUCAAAGGUGCAGCUUCUCAGUUGAAGGCAUUCAGUGAUGGUGCUUCGAGUGGAUCUGAUGAAGGAAUGGUCAUUGUAGCAUCCGAAGACCAAUUCCAAGAGCAAGAAAAGACCUUUGCCCGCUCCUUGGCCGUGCUCCGAGAAUUCCUACGAGCCUACCAGAUUAAGCCGCAGUUUGCGAGUCCGAAAUCAAGAUCACCGAUUGCUGCAGCUACAACUGCUGUGGAAGGCGAGCUCCUCACGCUCAAGUAUCAAUCAUUCGAUGGCGACAAGCAAACCGAGAUCAAGAGUCUUGCUCUUGGUAAGUUGAACACCGCAGCCUCGCUCUUCGCUACUCUGCAGAAGGCCACGGGAUUCAAGAACUACAAAGUCUACUGUGGAGGAAGAGAGAUCAACCCAGAUGAGAUAGAGGUCUGCAAGUCGCUAGAAGAACUGAACAUUAAUGGCCUAGUUCUUGUUCGCAGUCGGGAAGCCUCAGAUAUACACCUAACUAGUAAAGGCUCACUAGAAGCUGAAAUUACGAAGCAUUUCGACGAUCUGUGGAGCUAUCUUGGAAUGCAUGAGAAAGUGGCACAAGAGAUAUAUUAUUUCUUGAUCAAAUUUCCUGUCUAUGCGCGUAUGGUGAAGGACUUUGAGUCGGAUGUCUCGUACGCAGAGAUAUUCCCUUCUGGCCAACCCUUCAAAUCACUAUACGCCAUCCACUGCCUACGAGACCACAUCACUGCCCAGUCAAAGCAGGGAACACUUCAGGAAGAAACCCUGUUGAGAGCCAUCCAACUUCUAGUCUCAGCAAUAUCGGACCCCAAAGUUCUGGAUCAAUGUGGCGGUGACAGUCUCAAGGAUUGUCUUGCUUUGCACCUGCUAGACUGCUUCAUACAAUUACUUAAAGAAUCGCCACUUCCAAAGUCCCUAAAUAGCCUCCUCGACGAGACUUUACUCGAGCGUCUCUUACAGUUACUGUAUGGUGCAAUGGCAAGCGCUACUUCCCAGAAUUCUGUACACUUGACAUGGAGAUCAUUUGAGGCCAUCCUGGACGCUGUCUCUCAUUGUUCCGACCUUUGGCAGUCGUUCGGUGCUCAUUUGAGCAAUAAGACUCUCGUACGAGAUCUUCUUCUCGACGAUGAUCGCUCAGCAAUUCGAAAGAGUGUUGUGAAGCAUGUCACACAGAAAUGUAGCUCAAGCCCCAGCUCUUCCCAGCUCACGACAAACCACUUCGCUAUGACGUUCUGGCCUAAGAUUGCUGCAUUAAUCCCAGUAGCAACACAAUAUCCGGAGCGUUGCGAGGAGACAUUCACUUUAGCACUUACUUUGUUCAAUAAGUUGGCAAACGCAGACACUACUGCUGGCUUCUUUAAUCUGAAUAAACUAGUGAAGGAGUGGGGCACUUUGCUGCUUGCUUACUCAUGCGCAGAGACUGUUGGUCAUCUUGAGAGCGUUGAUAUGGUUGCGCAUGGCCUCGCAAAUCUUCUCUUAUCAGCUGCGCAGCGUGCAAAAUCCUCGCGGCAAGUACUGGCGUGCGGGUCGAUCGGAACGGAAUUGUUCAGGAGACAUCUCUUCCCGGAGUUCUCUGUGUCACAACUUAGCAGCGAUGUGGUCGUACCUCGUAUUCCCUUGCUCAACCCGGCGACUCGACAAAUCUUGGCGGAGACGAUAUACUUCUUGGUCAAAGAUGACGAGCGACACUAUCAGGAAGUGGUGGCCUCUAUGUCUGGACUGGUGCCGUAUGCGCCUGGCGACGAUGGGCCGUACAUCUACGAUAUGAGCUUUCAAUUCGAGAGAGCCAAAUCCAUCAGAUCCCACACUGGAUAUGUUGGCCUUAGAAAUCUUUCGAACACUUGUUACUUAAAUUCGCUCUUCACUCAACUGUUCAUGAAUAUUCCGUUCCGGGAGUUUAUGCUGCAGGCCCAUGUCUCCAAUGGUCUUACAUCGCAAACCUUGUUGUUCGAAACACAACAAUUGUUUGGCCACAUGCAGAACAGUUUCAAGCGUUAUGUGGAUCCCGCAAAUCUAGCAAGCUCUAUUCGAACCUACGAAGAAACCCAGAUUGAUGUCACUAUUCAGAUGGAUGUUGACGAAUUCUAUAACCUUUUGUUCGAUCGUUGGGAGGGCCAGAUUCUGUCUCCAGAUGCGAAGCGAAAGUUCAGAUCUUUCUACGGCGGCCAACUUGUGCAGCAGGUCAAAUCUAAAGAGUGCCCCCACAUUUCGGAACGCUUUGAGCCAUUCUCGGCUAUUCAAUGCGACAUCAAAGGCAAAAGCUGCCUGCAAGAAAGUUUACAAGCUUAUGUCGAUGGCGAAGUCAUGGAGGGCGACAACAAAUACAAGUGCUCACAGUGUGAUCGCCACGUCGAUGCGGUGAAGAGAGCUUGCUUGAAAGAUAUUCCGGACAGUCUAAUUUUUCACUUGAAGAGAUUCGACUUUAACCUGCGCACUCUGCAACGAAGCAAGAUCAACGACCACUUCUCAUUCCCCAAGACGAUCGAUAUGAAACCUUACAAAGUCGAGUAUUUGACGGACAGCCCUGAGGAAAUCCUGGAAGAUGUAUUCGAGCUAGUUGGCAUCCUCGUUCAUGCUGGAACUGCUGAGUCAGGACAUUACUACUCCUUUAUUCGCGAAAGACCUUCUACUAGCGACAAGGACGCGUGGAUCGAGUUCAACGAUGACAAUGUCAGCCCAUGGGACCCUAAUCUGAUGGAAAGUGCCUGCUUUGGAGGACCUGAGUACCGUGGUCCUCUUGACACGGGCUUGCAAUACGACAAGACCUGGAGCGCUUACAUGCUGUUCUACCAACGUUCAAGUAGCCUGACCGCACAGUACCAGUCUUUAGAGCGUACUAAGAUGACUAGCCCCGUCAGACUCCAAGUUCCGACACCGCUUGCGAAUCACAUCGCUAUGGAGAACGAGAUUUUGAUGCGCAAAUACUGUCUGUUCGACCCCUCGCACGCUACAUUCGUCAUCAAGAUGCUCUCUAACGUCAAACAAAUCAAUGGUGGACGUUGUUCUGCACUACAUCGCAUGGAAAAGGAUUCACUCAAUGCAGCCGCAAACCAUCUUGACCAAGUCUUUUCACGCACCAAGGACAUCCCAGACUUUCCAUCUUUCAUGAUGGCCAUUCGCCAGAUAUGCCACAACUGUGCAGAAUGUUGCCGCGAUUACUUGGAAUGGUUUUUUGAUUGUCCCGAGGCUCUCAAGGCAUUGCUACUUCGCAAUCCUGAUAUGGUCGUCCGCAAUGAUAUUGCAGCCUCUAUCCUCUAUGCCCUGACCAAAGUCAGGCUUGAGGCAGCAUAUGCUUACGGGCUCGGCGACGAUGAAGACAGCGUUGAUGAUGUCGAAGACAGCGACCCUCAGCUGCUUCAGAGGAUGGUCAAGGCAUUGAGCAAGUUAUUCGAGGUCUUUCAAACUCACGUCCGCGCCUGGCCGGAAUACUUUGGACUCAUCUGGAGCAUUGCCAAGAUUGGUAAACGCGAAGCCACUCUUUUGCUCGAUGCUGGCUUUCUGCGUAAGUCUCUUGAGAUCGUCAGUGCGGAUCCGCUGCUUCCACUUAGCGUCCAGUACCAAAAGAUGCUCAACACCAUAACCAAGCGCAUGGCCUCCAGGCCUGUAGCAUACGACAGUGUGAUUGGUCUUAUCUCGACGUUGAUGCAGACCUGCGAUGUCACUCUAGAUCCCGUAGCUGAUGAUGACGAACGACUUGACUUUGCAGUUCACGACUGUCCAAUUCCUUUUACCGUCACAGAGCGCCACCUUAUCAUGCAGCAUUGGACGAGAAAUCAAGCUCAUAUCCUUGUUGAGAAGCUGUGUAUGAUCGAGCAGAACCAGGCUGCUACGGAAACAAUCCUCAUUGAUCUUCUUGACUGGCCGGAAGCUCUAGAUCAGAAUAUUCUCGCAGCCAUCCUAUAUGGCAUCAAGCAAAGAAUGCAUACCCGCUCGUUCCUCAGGGCAGCGUUGGUCUAUGCUGAACAUUCGAAGAAUCCCAAAGCUUUCACUACGGUCUACAUGCAUGCAGCGAAGAUCGCUGCUCAUGUUGAUGGAGAUGGCAAGGAAUUUCUACAGUUCUUCAAGAACCUUCUUGAUAUAGAAGGUGAAAACUUCAUUUCUAGCCAAGAAGAGAUACACAAGCUUUCUCUUGAUCAACUACACAUCUGGGCUCCGGCAUUAUUGACUGAUCCUGAUCAAUCGGUACGAGAGGCGACAGAGGAGCUAUUAGAGGUGCUUGUUCUCACUCAUGGUCCCGAAAUUGACUUUGGGGGACCAGAUGAGGACCAGGCACAGACCGCUUUGGUCGUAUUGACAGCCAAGAAACUGGGUCUCGCUUGUCUUGACUAUAUGCACGAGCGUUUCAUUCGCCAGCGUCAAACUGCUGUGCGGACAAUGCUCGAUCCGAUAUUUAACGUGGUGGAGAAGAUCAAGGAGUUCUUUGAUCCCGAAGAUCGAGAUGAUGUCUACACUCAUCGUUUCUUUGAGCAGUCAUCAGCUGUUCUUCCUACAUUAAAAAAGUGUGCUGUUGAAGAGGUCGAAGAUGAUAUGUCUGAUUGGGAUGGCUCAGACGAUGCCUACGAUGAUUCUUCGGAGCCGCCAAUGGAUAGACUCGGAGACCUUUGUAGUCAAGAUCCGCUGUGAACCCUCACGUGCGAACGACUUUAUGAUUGCUUUGCUUUGCUUUGCUGUUAGGCGUCGGUAGCGAAUGGGACCCAUGGUUGGGAAAAUAACUGAUAAACUGCUGGAUGCACGGAAACUGGCGCAAAUGAGGCGUACAAAUCGUUUCUUAUGGAAGUGCUGAAUGCUUCAGGCUUGCACGGCAUUCUUCUUUGACUUUCAUUUCCUGCUCCUGCUUUGAUUCGAUUUGAGAAUGGUACGGGACACAGUACUUUGGUUGGCAUACGAUUGAGCGCAUCGAGAGUGGAUUGACAGGGAAUUGCGGGUGGUGCUGAAUUAGAUGGCCUUAUCUCCCUCGUGCUUCUUGUGGUAGAUUGACGAGGAAGAAGUAUGAGGUCAAUAUCAGUGGGCUCUUGCGCCGUCAUAAUUAAUUGUAGUCUUCUGUAUGUUGUGAGAUCGAGAGUGGAAAUUAAAGUUCAUUUCAGACCU